AUGGGUUUAAUGCACUUCUUGGUUAGAAUGUCAUAGCCAAUUAAAGACCUUCAAAAUUAUGAAACCAAACAAUUAAAGCAAUUAUUAGAAUGCAUUUCUUUAGAUUAUUUACGAUAAGAUAUCUCUAAAAUUACCUUAUUUGUGCUGAUCAACAAUUUAGUCAUCAAUAGUGGGGUUAGUCUUAACACAUUAAGUGAACUCAAAAAAAUUUAAAAUAGCAAAAUAACACUACACCUACCUUCAGCUAAUUUUAAUACGUAAUAUUAUAAUGGAAGCGUUAAUUGGUGCAUUUUAUAAAUGCUCGAAAACAUCACUGAAUGCGCCACUAUCAUUAUUACAUUAACAAAAUCAUUAUCAUUUGCUACUCUUUUGUACAAUGCUCAUAGAAGUUUGAAAUGCAUAAAAAUGGCAUUCUUCACUACUUCUAUAUCUUUUGAGGCUACUAAUGUAUUCAUCUGUGCAUUUACUUAAUUGGUAAAUGAAGUUAAACAACAUUAAGGCCAGAUCAAAGUUGCCCAAGAAUCAUAUAAUCUAUUGACGGUAGAUGAUGAAGAAUCAGAUUUGAAUUUGAGUCUAAAAGAAUUACACAUAACAUACUUUUUUGGGGCUGCACUCGAUCAAAUCAAAUUUAUAAUUAAUCGAAAUUAAUCUUAAGAUAUAGGACAAAGAGCUUAUGAGUUUGAAUUAGAAAAUAAUAAAAAAACUUUCAAAGAUACAGUUGAGAUAGGAAAUAUAAAAGAAUUGAAACUAUUUCUAUCCUAUUUUAUCAUAUAUAAAGAAUAAAAUAAUAAUGAAACUGAAUUAUUAUUAAUAGAUUACUUAGCUAUAGCAGUUUCAGAAAUUGGAGCAAUCACUGAAAGAAGAAUUCAAAGACUGAUGAAUGCAAAAUUAACUAAAUUAUAGGAAUGUUAUGAAGAAUAUCUAAAGGAUGAGGAAUCUCCAUUUGGAUUUCAGCAAUUGGCAAAUUAGGCCAGUAAUUUGAAAUAGAAAAAAAAUAAGUAUUUUCAUCCUUUUUCAGGUGAUUCAAUGCCUUAAACUACUCAUCUAGAAGAUCAAUAAUAACUUUGA